AUGCGUUUAAAGGUGACAAUUGCACGAGAACCAAAACAUAGUGAUUCGGUGAUAGCGAUCACAUGGAUAAAAAGUGAUGAAUUAAUUAGUGUUGGUGAUGAUCAACAGGUGUUAAAGUGGAAUCUAAUGAAUGGUGAUGUUCAGGUGUUAAUGCAUUUACCCAGCAUGUUGUAUCCGACAGAUAUGCAAUGGCUUCCACAUGAUAGCACCAAACAGCAAUUGAAUGAUAUUUUCAUUUUGACAUCUACCGAUGGUAAAUUUUACAUUUGCAAUCGAAAUGGACGUAUUGAAAAAGUGGUCGAUGCACAUCAGGGUGCAAUUUUAUCCGGUCGUUGGAGUCAUGAUGGUUCAACAUUUGCAACCUGUGGUGAAGAUGGUGCAAUAAAAUUAUGGUCCCGAAAUGGUAUGCUACGGAGUAUUUUAGUGGAAAAUAAUUAUCCGGUCUAUGGAAUUUGUUGGAAUGGCGAUGAUUCAUCCAUAGCUUAUUGUUGCGGUGAAAAUUGUUUCAUCAAAGUUCUUAAAUCACAAACUUUGAACUUUGACUUCAUAUCAUAUAUGGCUUUGUCAUAUUUCAGACUUUGA